ACCAGCCGACACGACCCGGCCACUAACACCUCUAACAGUAAACAAAAUGAAGUAAAAAGAAAUGCAAAAACCCAAAACCAGAUCGUUAAGAAAAGAGAGUGAAGUGAAGGACGCCACUGCUUACCGUAUAAUCUUAAGUCCCUUCCAACUACAACUCCGCCCCUCCCCCAAUUCCAUCCUAACUGCGGGUUUAUCGCAGUUUCAGAGAGCGAAAGAGAGAUGGUUUAUCGCAGGUUUCUUUGCAUAAAAGAUGCCGUAGCUUGCAUUAACGACAAAGUUGAUUUAAUUGCUGUCAUUCUUAAUUUCAGUUUGCCCCAAACAACCAGAGGCACCGAUUAUGUAUGUAAGCUAAAAAUAAUUGAUGAGUCACACCCCGAGAUUCCUGUUCAUGUAUUUGCUCAAGAAAUAGACCAUCUUCCUUUUGUUGCGGCUGUUGGUGAUAUUAUUCACCUUUCACGUGUCGUGAUGAGAAUCCAUGAAGGAGAUGUAUAUGCUAUAUUCAACAAAAAGUUCUCUUCAUUUGCUUUAUAUGACGGGAAGGAUGUUGAAAAUUUCCAACCUUAUCAAGUUCUUUUGAGAUAUGAAGCGAGAAAACAUGAUGCAAUGAUAAUAGCAGGUCUGAGAAAAUGGUUAGCGAGUUCUCAUGUCAUUGACGAGCCGAACUUCUCGUUAUUGGAGGAGAUCAACGAAGUGGGUCUGGUAAAUUUAGUAUGCAGGGUACUACAUAUAUGCAAAACUACUGAUGAUAAGUGGAUGGCCUUUAUUUGGGACGGAACUGAUGCACCACCUAUCAGUAUUUAUAAAAAGCCAGAAGAUGAAGAGCAUAAUCCACUCCCUCUACAUUUCAAACCGUUGCCUUCAUCAGGACAUGUGCUACAUACAUUUCCUACCGUUGGAACUAUAUUAAGGCUGAUCUUUGAUGUUGAGUGCAUGCCAUAUAUCCUUCAGUUGCUGAAAGUUUGUCAAUGGUUCAAACUUUUUUGUGUGGAAUGCAAAGUGCACGAAGGAUUAUGGUAUGGUGUGUUCACAUCAUAUUCGAAGAUCCGAGAUAUACCAAAUGUUGAUAUUCUCAUACUUGAGCGCCAGAGCAAUUAUGACUGCCGGUCAUUAGGUAAUCUAGAUCGGAUGCCAUCCUGGAGCUGUCCGUGGCCGUCAAAAAUCACAGAGGUUAACUGCAGUGCGCCAUUUGCUACAUUGAUGGAUGUUCUCACUUGUCAAAAGGUAAGAAAGAAAUUCAGGUGUGUAAUACGAUUCGUUGCUGUAAUUCCAUGGCGAGUAGAGUAUUUCCGCUCUCCUGAUGGAGUUUAUAGGGUUAAGUUCACCCUAGAGGAUCCAACUGCCCGAAUCCAUGCGUAUUCUUAUGCUGAAGAUGGGGAGAAAUUUUUCAAUGGAUUAUCCACUGGUGGACUGAAAAGGAAGCUAAAUGAGUUGCUUGGAGUACCUAAAAGUGAUGAUGAUGGACAGGAGGAAAUUGAGGGUGGUGCUAGAAAUCCACCAUGGGUACAAUGUUGCUUGAAAUCUCAUUCCAUUAAACGGCGCCGUUGGAUAUUUGAUACCAAGCUUGUUGGUUAACAAGUUUGACUGUACUUGCUUGGUAUGUAGGUAGGUUUGGUUAAGCUUAGGACUAACAAGGAAUUAAGUUAAGAUUGAUUAGGCCUUUGCUUUUGCACUUGCUGGUUAUGUGUAUAUUUUGUAUGACAUUAGUGACUACAUUAUGUGUAUAUGUGUAAAUCUGAUAUCCCUUUGCCUUAAUAAAAUAUAUAUGUAUGUAUAUAUUUUUUGUA